AUGGCAUACCUGAGAAGUCGAGGGAUGCUGCAACUGGACGACGAUAAUGCAGCUGAUGCCGAAGGGCAAGAUUACGAUGAGGUGGGCACGAGCUCGCAACGAACAAUGCCUGUAGGAGAGCGCGGUCGUAAGCGGGGAUUACCGGGCCCGCCCAGGCCCGGACGACAGCAAGUCGGUGCUGCGCGCGAGGCGGGAGAUGGUGAUGACUGCGUAUCAGAUCGGGUUAGUGAUGUAAAUCGACUCAGUGGACGCGGGGCAUACGUGGCCGACCAUCCAAGCGAGUCACGGCCGCUGCGGGAGUACGGGUGGGGUGUGGAUCACAACGAAACCCUCCUCGUCGAUGUUCACGCCGUGCAGAAUCAGUUCCACGACGUUGCAGAGGCUGUAAAGGCCCCAACACAAGUGCUCAUUGAGUUGAAAGAGGUGAUGAAGAAGAGCAUCGCCCUGCAGGAAAACAACUCGACUCUGCUACAGGGCAUUCAGACGCCUGUAGAUCAGUCUUCCCCCUCGAAGACCAACACCGCUGUGCUGUCUCCAAACGCUGGCAGCAACGUUCCGGAUGAAGGGCAGCACGCGAGGGAGCUGAGGAUCGCAUUGGGCUCGCUUGUUGAGCCUAAGAAGCUAUCGUUGACGGGUGAUGCAGGAUUAAGCAUGUGGCCUGACCUGGAGCUGGUGGUGAUGUGGACGGUGAAGAAUGGUGUCAUCCGGGAAAACCAAAAGGAGAAGCUACUGUUCUGUCUCAAGCACGACCAGGAGCACUUGGACUGCUGGAAGGACGCUGCCUCUCGCCUGCGUGGGGAGAUAACUCGUCUCGGUAAAACGGUUGUCUUCCAUUUCUUUGGGAUUCCGCGCAGCGUGUCGGACAUGCCCACCGACGUAACCUGUGAUCAGGUUGUGUGCGACCAGGAACGCACACCCGCGCCAGCACUGGCGGACUACCCAUUGGGUGCCUUCUCACUGCCGUGGCACUGCAACGCGGAUGGUGUACCGUUCAGCACGUGGCAGUUUGAGGUCUUCAUUGCAUCAUCAUAUGAUCGCUGCAUUGAGCGUCAGACGCUGCGACUGCAUCCGUACAGCGUCGCCUUCGCGCUGUAUGGGGCGGAGUAUCCCAUCAUCCACAGCGCCAAGAACAAGACAGGGCUGCCAACGAAGGACCAGCCCAACAUCAGCAACACUGACAGGAAUCGCGCUAUAGGGAGGAACUGGAUGCGCGAGACAAUCAUUCGGUGGGGUGGAACGGGCAAUGGCCCCCGCUGGAUUCCAGAGGAGAGCGCAUACCAAUUCAGUGCGGGGCAAUACUACAACGUCUACAUCCUUUUUCCCCCACCCGAUGAGGUGGCAAAUAUGCCGGUUGAGAUAGUAGGAAGGGAGGUUUGUGACCGCGACUUCCCGUCGGGCUCUGCCCCGCAGUCCCUCCUCGUCCCUUUUCGCGGCCAUCCCCCCUCAUUUCCCCGUCAUUCCACCUCGUCCCCCCUCAUCCUCCCCCACAGUUGCGUGGAUUCCAAGGGUCGCACGCCCUUGAUUCUCGCCAGCAGCCGGGCGGAGGGCUUUGAGGCGGCGAAACUUCUGUUACAGAUGGGCGCUCUUGUUCGCGCCUACUCCAAAGGUCCAGGAGGGGGCACGUCCAUUCACUAUGCCGCUCGCAAGCAGCUCGAUGCCAUGGUGAAGCUGCUGCUGGACCAUGGAGCGGACCCCCUUUUCCCCAACGAUGAUGGAAAAACCGCUCUGGACCUGGCGAGAGAGAGAAAUGAAACUUCUGUCGUCAGACUCAUAGAGGUGAGGUGGGGGUCAGUGAGGAGGCGGGUGGUCGCAUUGGGGGAGGAGUGUGGGAAGGAGGGGGAUGGUCGCAUAGAGCCGGGUGGCAUUGUUCGAAGGCUAUGUGCGCCAGCAGACCCUCUCGGCGCCAUCGCUAGUGAAAGAAUUUAUCCCGCAAUGGGUGUACCGGAGAAUACAUUUCUGCCAUCCCCUGUCCAUCUUGUCACCUCUCACCACCCCUCUCCACCCCUCUCCUAUCCUUCCCAUCCCUCUCCACCCCGAUCCACCACUCUCCGCCCAUGCCUGUGCAGCUGGGUGGCAGUGCUUCCAGGGCCCACCAUGAGUGACGGACGCCAGACAUUCCGCCUCGCUCUCUACCCAUCCAUGGCUUUUGGCGCUCCCUACUUCGACAUAGCACUGCACGUGUGCCGCAUUCACAUGACCAAGCUAGACUCCGCCAACCCUGUACUCGUUAUAGAGGACCCCGUUCAUUCGGAGAAGGGCAAGUGGAAGUUUGUGAGCGACAAGGAUUCACCCGACCCCUCCCGGAUAUUCCGCCUGCACGACGCCUGCCGCGGAACACCACGGGUAGUUCUUCUCUCUCUUUUCUCUUUUUUCUUCUCUCCCUUCUCUCUUUUCUCUUCUCUCCCUUCUCUCUUUUCUCUUCUCUCCCUUCUCUAUUUUCUCUUCCCUCACUCUCUAGCUGACUUCCGAGUCGACUCAAAGUUCACCCGACCCCUCGCAGAUCUUCCCUCUCACUCUUCACUCCUCUCUCACGCUUCCCUCCUCACUCUCCCCUCCUAA